AUGGAGCUGGGAAACGACACAACGGUGUCAGAGUUUGUCUUCCUGGGCCUCACCCAGAGCCGGGAGCUGCAGGGUGUCCUGUUUGUGGUGGUCCUCCUUGCCUACACCACGAUGCUUCUGGGCAACCUCCUCAUCAUGGUCACCGUGACCUGUGACCCCCGGCUCCACACCCCCAUGUACUUCCUGCUGCGCAACCUUUCCAUCUUGGAUGUCUGCUACUCCUCUGUCACGCUCCCCAAGCUGCUGGUGGACUGCCUCUCCCCCACUAAUACCAUUACUUUCAGUGGCUGCAUGGCGCAGAUCUUCUUCUUCCACUUCAUUGGAGGGGCCGAUCUGUUCUUCCUGUCGGUCAUGGCGUACGACCGCUACGUGGCCAUCUCCCGGCCCCUGCACUACACGGCGGCCAUGAACACCGAGGUGUGUGUGGGGCUGAUCGUGGCCACCUGGGCGGGGGGCUUUGUGCACUCGAUUGUCCAGAUGGUUCUGCUGCUCCCGUUGCCUUUCUGCGGCCCCAACGUCCUGGAUAACUUCUACUGUGACAUCCCCCAGGUCCUCAGGCUCACCUGUGUGGACACCUCCGUCCUGGAGAUCCUGAUAAUCUCCAACAGUGGGCUGCUCGUUCUCAUCUGGUUCCUCCUCCUCCUGGCAUCCUACGCGGUCAUCCUGGGGAUGCUGAGGUCCCACUCCAAGGAAGGAAGGAGGAGAGCCGCCUCCACCUGCACCUCCCACAUCAUUGUGGUCUUUGUGCAAUUUGUGCCGUGUAUCUACAUCUACGCUCGACCCUUCACCUCAUUUCCCAUGGAUAAAGCGGUCUCCAUCUGUGAUACGGUUCUGCCCCCCAUUCUGAACCCCAUGAUCUACACCCUGAGGAAUAGGGAGGUGAAAUUGGCUGUGAGCAGGAUGAGGAAGCAAUAUUUACUGUCUAGGAGGACUCAGAGUCAGUGA